AUGGCGUGCAUGGCAUGUGCGAAUGGAGUGGAGAGGCCCCACAUGAAAGCAAUAGCGUUGCUGCGGGAGAGCGCGGACACUAGCGAUUGGGAGUUGGCAGUAUCUGUACUGUCUGUGUUGAGAGCCGGUGUGCAGCAUGAUCAGCGCAGCUUCAGCAUUGCAUUGAAGGCUUCUGGCAGAGCACUGGCAUGGGAGGCCGCCUGCUCUCUGCUUCUGUGGAUGGACAGAGUCGGGAUCUGUCCUGAUUCCAUCACGUACAGCACUGCAGCCAUCGCAGUGGGCCAGAGAUGGAAGCUUUCAGUCGGCCUGGGGGCUGACAUGAAGCUGCGACGGAUUCUUCAGGAUGUCGUCAACUAUGGAAGUGUCAUCAAUGCGUGUCAGCAGGCGCAAGAGUGGUCUUCGGCCCUGUCGCUUCUUGGGAAUUUGGCUUUAGCUGCGAUCUCAGCGAAUGCGAUCAUCUCCGGAUCGCUGAUCAGCGCAUGUGCCGUCUGGAAGGAGGCACUUGCAAUUUUCGGUGGUAUGCAAGGUCGAAGGGUUCAGCCGAAUUCUGUGAUCUACAAUGUGAUGGCUUCCUCGUAUGAGGAUACGGGGCAGUGGGUAUCAGCUUUGACGUUUUUGCAGAAUGCCGGCCAGUCAUGGACGGCGCUGGACAUCAUCUCCUUCAAUUCCGUCGUAAGCGCUGGUGAGAAGGCGUCAUACUGGCGGCCGGCACUGGAUCUCCUCGGUCGGAUCCGGGCCCGUCGAAUUCAACAGAGCCUGGUCUCUUUCAAUGCCGCCAUGAGCGCUUGCGAGAAGUCCGGGCAGUGGGAUGCAGCCCUGGCUAUGUCUCAGUCGGCGGCAUUGCGGUCCAUCUCCGGGGACAUCGUGACGAUUGGGGCUGCAAUGAACGGAUGUCAAGCUUCUGGAGAAUGGUGUUUUGCCAUGGACCUGCUGAAGCGCUCUGCUGCGUUAUCUCUGCGGCUCAACAGAGUUGUCCUCAAUACCGCCAUUGCUGCCAGUCAGGGGCAAUGGCAGCUGUCUGCAGGUCUGAUGUGCGAGAUGGCAACCGGCUUCCUCGUGCCUGGUACGUUGACCCUGGGAGCUGCGAUUGGAGCCUGCGAAGAGUGGUCUCAGUGGAGCAUGGUACUCCGACUCUUCAAGGAGCUGCAAGAGUGUCAGCUUCGAAGGAGUGACUUGAUACACAACUCUGCUGUCACAGCUGCAUCCGAUGGCUCCCGGUGGUCUUGGGUGUUGGAGCUUCUGCAUGAGCUUCGAGCUGUCCGGGUCCAGCAGGACGUGCUGUCCUUUUCAUCUUCAGUGGCAGCCUGCCGGGACGAAUGGGAGGCUGCGCUGAGUGUGGUGGAGGAGAUGGCGAAAGCGGCUGUCUCCAAGGAUGUCAUAAGCCUGAGCUACGCUGUCGCAGCAUGUGAACGAGGCAGAGUGGCAUUGGCCGAUGUCCUGGAGCUGAUCGAGGUGACAGCAAGUUCGGCUCUCUCUGCUGCCGGGGCCCGAGCGAACAUCAUGGUCCAGACCUCGGCGGAAACGAAAGGCAUGCAGCGGCGGCUCGGGAAAUGGCUCGGAAGCACCGGAGAGCGCAAUGGCUCCGCAGCAGAGCUCUGUGCCGUUGUAGACGAUGCGCUUGGUGUCACAGCCAACGCUCGGGUUUCCGGUCGAUGGCUAGCCACAAGCCUACAGCUCCUGGCGCGUAAGAACGUGGACAAGGAGUGCAUCGUGUACAAUGCCUGCAUAAGUGCUUGCGAGAAAGCCGGCCAAUGGCAACACGCCCUGGCGCUGUUCAGCGAGAUGGAGGGUAUGACCAUCCAGAAGACAUCCAUCACCUACAACGCGACUGUAAGUGCUUGUGAGAAAGGGCAUGAAUGGGAGCUUGCCUUGACAAUAGUGUCUCAAAUGGAACACCAUGACGUGGAGAGAUGUUCCAUCACGUACAACGCCUGCAUGGCGGCAUGUGAUGAAGCUGGCCAGUGGCAGCACGUCCUCCAUCUCCUGGAGGACAUGAAUCGUGGCCAGUUACGGCGGGAUGCCAUCACCUACCACGCCUGCAUUAUGUCCUGCGAGAAGAGCCGGCAGUGGCAGCGAGCCCUAGGCUGGUUUGAGGAGAUGCACCAGAAGAGGCUUGAGCACAACUCGAACACCUUCAAU